AUGUUCACGAACGCGCAGCGCCAGGUCGAGCGCACUGGCCGCGGCGGCACCCCGAGAGACCAGUACCUUCAGGAUCUUGUGACCCAGUUCCAGGACUCCACGGAUGAAGAGUACAAGGAGAGGAUUGUUGCAAACUUGUCAAAUUUCGCAUAUGACCCUUAUAACUACGCCUUUAUGCGCCAGCUGAAUAUUCUCGAGUUGUUCUUGGACUGCAUUACGGAACCAAAUGAAAGGCUUGUUGAGUUAGGAGUUGGUGGAAUAUGUAAUUCAUGUGUUGAUCCAGCAAAUGCUUCUGUUAUUACUCAAUGUGGUGGAAUCCCGUUGGUUGUACAAUGCUUAUCUAGCCCAGUUAAGAAUACCGUGAAUUAUGCACUUGGAGCCAUGUACUACUUAUGCAACCCCUCGACAAAGAAAGACAUAUUGAAACCGGAUGUACUUAGGAUCAUAAGAGACUAUUCUGCAGCUGGAGCCGUCAACAGCAGCUUCAGCAAUCUUGCAAAUGCAUUUCUGGACAAGCACGUCAACUGGUGA